AUGGAGCAUGGCAUCAAAGUGUUUCCUUUCCGCGAUCCUCGCGAUCAAUCCUCCGGCAUCACACAGUGGAGAAACUGCGCGUUUUGCGAGGAAGAAGGCAUGCAUUUCUCUGACGCGUGUCCUCGCGUACGAGAUGGCGACACUCGAUACAAUAUGAUUCUAAGAAGAGGAUGGUGUACACAUUGUCUCGAAGGAUCGAGAGAUACCGAGCGGGGGAAUGCUGGUAUUGUUGUCGAGACUUGCGUCUGGACAAUGACGAAUUCCACCAUCGAUCGCUUUGUAAUGUGCCCGACGGGAGCUGUGGAGGCGUACGACUGGUCAAGGAACCUCGAGAGAUGUAUGACGAUGACGAUGACGGUGACGCCGGAGUGUCGACAACGUCGACGAGAAGCAUGA